UAAUAUAACGCAUUGACCGGCAUCAAGUUUUGUGUCGUGAGAUGGCUCCCAUCUCACCGCUUUGACAUUUACACACACCUCCCUUCUUCUUGUUCUUCUUCUUCUUCCAUCUCCAUUAUCACCUACACCAACAACAACGGCCCCAACUGUUCUUCAACAAAACAAACAGAAAACGAUAAGAAAAAUACUUUUUUUUUUCUGUUCCUUUUAGCUUUGAACGAUUCUUGAUUUUGUUCCAGCCAGCACCACAUCCGGGCCCCCCCAGUUUUCACCCACUUUGAAUUUUUCUAUCAAAAGGGUAUCUGAGAGCAUCAUUUGGUUGAUCUUUUGCCGGGGGGUCUGGUUCAAAGGUGUUGGUUUUCAUUUGUGAAAACACUUUUUAUUUUUUUUAUUUGUGAAAAUGUGGGGGGCGACUUCACAGCCUGCUGAUUCUUACUACGAGGUUCGGCCUGAGUGCACUGAUGUGCCCAAAACCAGAUUCAAAAUCAAGCCUGGUAAAACUCUAAGUGCAAGGAAAUGGCAGGCCACGUUUACUUCAGAAGGAUACUUAGAUAUAGGCAAGACUCUAAGUCGAAUCCAACGAGGGGGGAUCCAUCCAUCAAUAAGAGGAGAAGUUUGGGAGUUUCUUCUUGGUUGUUAUGAUCCUAAGAGUACAUUUGAUGAACGAGAGCAGCUACGUCAACAUCGGAGAAAGCAAUAUUAUCAGUGGAAAAAUGAGUGUCAUGAAAUGUUUCCAGUUGUUGGAAGUGGCAAAUUCAUCACAGCACCUGUAAUUACUGAAGAUGGUCAGCCCAUUCAAGACCCUUUAGUGCUUCAAGAAACAAAUUCAGGUCUGAGUGCUUCCAGUAGUUCAGAAAUUGUAAAGGAGCUUGCUAGCCAUGGUCCUUUGGACAAGAAAGUUAUCCAGUGGAUGCUAACACUACAUCAAAUAGGCCUUGAUGUGGUUCGCACUGACAGGACAUUGGUGUUUUACGAGAAGCAAGAGAACUUGUCAAAACUUUGGGAUAUUCUGGCUGUUUAUGCCUGGAUAGACACAGAUGUUGGUUAUUGUCAAGGAAUGAGUGAUCUUUGUUCCCCCAUGAUAAUUCUUCUCGAUGAUGAAGCUGAUGCAUUUUGGUGCUUUGAGCGUUUGAUGCGCAGAUUGCGAGGAAACUUCAGAUGUACUGAGAGCUCAGUUGGUGUGGAGGCACAACUUAGUAAUUUGGCAUCUAUUACUCAAGUUAUUGAUCCAAAACUUCAUCAGCACUUAGAGACCCUAGGUGGAGGUGACUAUCUCUUUGCUUUCAGAAUGCUUAUGGUCUUGUUCCGUCGAGAAUUCUCCUUUUGUGAUUCACUAUAUCUCUGGGAGAUGAUGUGGGCCCUAGAAUACGAUCCCGACCUAUUUUCUUUAUAUGAAGAAGCUGAAUUAGUUGGAGAUAAAGCUGAUGGCUCUAAAGCAAAAGCAAAAUCAGUUCGUCAAUGUGGAAAAUUUGAGAGAGAAAAUAUGAAAAAUAAAGGAAAGAAUUCAGAAGCCCCGCUCCCCAUUUCUGUUUUCCUUGUUGCCAGUGUCUUGAAAGAUAAGAGCUCAAAGCUACUGCAAGAAGCUCGUGGCCUGGACGAUGUUGUUAAGAUAUUGAAUGACAUAACUGGAAAUUUAGAUGCCAGAAAAGCUUGCAGUGGAGCUAUGAAACUUCACAAGAAAUAUUUAAAAAAGGCCAAGCAGACAUAACAUUUGUUGAAUGCAAAUUUUUCGACCCAAUGAAGAAAAUAAUGGGAAAUUUCAUUAUGCUGUGACUUGAUUUGGCACAAGAAAAUAAUAUAAAAUUCGCAUAGAGAUUUGAACGAUUUUCCAAGUAAAAUGAACUUGGACAAACAAUAGUUCCAUCUGUAAACUGUAAUCACUAACUGUAUAUGCAAAACAUUUUUUUGAAGCCUCAAUACGAAUUCAUAUUUUGUAUAAUUUGUUGUGGUUUGUAA